GGGGAUAUUUAGCAUAUGGAAAUAUAGUCUCCUGAAUAGAAGGUAGGAGUGUGGUCAAAGAUAAGAAAAUUAAAAUUUUGUUAAUUUACCAAAAUCAUUUACUAUUGGAGAUCAGAUCUGGAUGUGGAAAAGACCUCCAAAGGACCCUCUCAUUUUAUAAAUGAAAAAAAUGAGGCGGGGAGGUCGAGUUCCUGACCAAAGUAAUAUGACCCAAUUGCUCCUCUGUAAAAAGACGGAACUUGCAGGACCUGACUGAGGUGGUUGGGAGCCUUAAAUGAAGUCCCUUCCGAAGCAUUUCCAGGCAGGGGAAUUGUCAACUCUAGACUUUACAAAGCUUAGACUCCCUCCAGAGGGCAGAACAAUCACUGGUCAGGUUUCACACAUAGCGUUUCCGCUUCCCCUCUACUAAAAAGAGGGGUGGGGGAAAUGUAAGCUAUUUAACUCAGAGGCUAAAUAAUGGUAUUCAUCACCAAGCGAAAAACAAUGCCUUGCUUUGGUGGAGUGCGCGGUUAUUUUGCAAAGCCUUGGAGGGAUAGGGGGCAAACACUUCGCACUUGAACCUUAGGGGUUCAAGUGCCGGGGCGGGUGGAUGGAUGUGGAGUGGUUGGAUGAAUGUGGGGAGGGGUGGGGGCAAGAAGCGGCAGUGGGAAGCAGUAAUCAAGAAGUUUCGAAGACCAGCACCAAAAGAAGUGAUCCACGGACGUGAGGAAUUAAAAGGGCGACAGGAGCUAAUCCCGCCCAACCUUCCCAAGUAUAAAACAGAACUAAAGCAAAGAGGUGAAGUGGAGGACAGUGGGACCAUCCGGACAGAGGCGCGAGCAGGCUCCAGAGCAAGUGCUUCCAACGUUGGGCCAAAAGAGGGAGAAAAAAACAACCAAAGCAAACCGGAGGCCAAGCAGCAACCGGCACUAGGGUCGUCUUCUUCACUCAGGCCGACACUGUCAGAAACGAUGGAGUCCAACCUGAGCUCCGAGCCCCCGAAGUGUUUCUCCCGUUUGGCCGCGAGCGCUGCCAGGAACGGAGGAGGGGAGGAAGAAGAGGAGAAAGCCAGAACUCUGAGGACCCCAGCCGCGCGCCUCCGCCAGUGGAGGGAAGGGGACUGGGAGACAGGGGGCGCUCGAGGGCAGCAGACGACGCGCGCCUCCAGGCCACGCGUUACCCUAGGCAACCAGCCGAGACUAUGGGAUGAUUGUAGAACCGAGUGGGAAGGGAGCGGGAGGCGGUGGAAGGAAGGGGAAGGACCAGCCAAGAUGGCGGACGACCUGGACGAAUUGUUGGAUGAGGUGGAGUCCAAGUUUUGCAGACCCAAAUCCUUGAGUCCGAGACCUCUCGAGCGGCCGCCGGGGAGGGGUAACACACUGGGAAGCAGCAGGAACAGCACCGACCGGGACACGGAGGACUACGACUAUGACGAUGAGUACGACGACGACGACGACGAUGACGACGACGACGACGACGAUGACGACCUCAGAUCAACUAAAAUAUUAUUGAAAGCUGAUGAUGAUCUUGAUGGUCUAAUUAAUGAAAUCUUUGAAGAGCCCUGUUUUGACAAAAAACCUAUUAACUUAAAAUCUAAAUCUUCAAAUCACACAUCUGUCAGAACCUCCAUUCAAGUGCUUGGAAAAAGAUGCAGUCCAGUAUACAUUGGAGGAAGUUCUACUCCAUGUGGUAUAGGAACAAAUACUUCCCAGAGAACAUGUGACCAGUUGCGGUGUACAGCCUGUGAUUUCCGUGUGUUAAACUUUGAUGAUUACAUAUGGGACAAAUCCUGUGAUUAUCUGUUUUUCAGGAACAACAUGCCUGAGUUCAACAAAUUGAAAGCAAAAAUGACAAAGUGGAAAGGGACACGGGCCUAUGCUUGUCAGUGUAGUUGGAGAAAUGUAGAAGAACUCACUGACCUUCAGACUGAUCAGCAACUUCGAUGGGUUUGUGGUAAACAUAAUGAAUGAAGUUUUCUCACCUUUCAGCCAGUUAUUAUAGAAAGGCCAGCAUUUAUGGAAGCAGACUCUGGAAUGAUUGUAUAGUUAAGAAAGACAACUGUUAUCAUAUGUGUCUCUUAGCAAAAGACAGUGGAACUAUUUGAGUAAAUUUUUAAAAUUUCCAAAGUCCAAUGGGUUGGGAAAGAUAAUCAGGCUUUAAUACUUUAGAAUCAUUCUUUUCUCUUUACUAAUAUGUGUGAGUAUUGACUAUAAUAAGGAAGAUCACAAGGUAAACUUCUCAUUUCUUGAGACUCUGA